CUGAGUUAGCAUGUGGGGAAAGUACGUGUCAGGGAAGUAAUCUGUUCUCACACGGAUAUACCGCAGUGCUUGAGCUGAAAACACCUAUUUAAUUGCUCGGGAAGCAAAGAUAGGACACUAAGGCAGGUACAAGCAUGUCGGUAGACAGUGUGUUUAGGACCCGGUCUCUCGGUGUAGCCGCAGAGGGUCUUCCAGACCAGUACGCCGACGGCAAAGCAGCGAAAGUGUGGGAGCUGUACAUCGGAGAUACGCAGAGUAGGACGCAGGAGUACAGAAGCUGGCUGGUGUCUCUGCUUAAAGAACAAGGGGUGCGGAGAGUGCUGGAUGUAGCCUGCGGAACAGGAGUUGACUCCAUUAUGUUGGUGAAUGAGGGUUUUAAUAUGGUAAGUGUGGAUGCCAGUGACAAAAUGCUCAAGUAUGCGCUGAAGGCCAGAUGGGAGAGAAGAAAAGAAUCUGCUUACGAUCAAUGGGUGAUCGAAGAGGCCAACUGGCUGACGUUGCCAGAAGACCUUCACAAACAGGGAGACGGCUUUGAUGCUGUCAUCUGCCUCGGCAACUCAUUCGCCCACUUACCAGAUUUUAAAGGAGACCAAAGUGACCAAAAACUGGCCCUCCAAAACAUUGCCAGUAUGGUCAGACCAGGUGGAGUCCUCAUUAUUGACCACCGCAACUACGACUACAUCUUGGAGACCGGACGGGCGCCGCAAGGCAAAAAUAUCUACUACAAGAGCGACCUCACUCAGGACAUCACCACCUCGGUGCUGUGGGUCAACAGUAAACCACAUAUGAUCACUCUGGACUACACCAUCCAAGUGCCACAGGCUGUCCAUCACAACCUUCCUGAAGUCAGUAAAUUCCGUCUUUCCUACUACCCUCACCGCCUGGAGAGCUUCACAGGAUUGCUAAAGGACGCCUUCAAUGGCAAAAUGGAGCACAGCGUCUACGGAGAUUUCAAGACGUACGUACCGGGCCAGUCCCAGGCCCCAUGCUACUUCAUCCAUGUCUGUAAGAAGAUGGCCUGAAAGAGCUGCCUGGAAUUAUCCUGAUACGCACGGUCUGCUUGGAAGAUGUCCUUAUAGUCCUCCAGAUUUGGUCAAAAUUCUGUUUGAAUAUGUUUUAAAAACAUUUUAUCUUGAAUUUCUUCCAAAGAAAUUAUAGCAACAGUUUUUUUUUCUGCACACACACAGACUCUAAAAUCGCGAGUCUGACUUACUGCAGGCUGAUGACUUCGGUGAGCCAUAAAGGCUGAGCAUUAAGGAUGUAAAUGCUCCAGAGCAGCCACAAAAUUAAUUUUUCUUUUUUUCAAGACCAAAAAGAUGUAAAGAUCUGUUCUCAUUAGUUCUACUAAUAGAUGAUAUGCAUCAUUGCUAUAUUAGUUGACUUAAAGCAUUUAGUUCUUUAAACAUGUUUCAGAAACAUAUAUAAAGUGCUGUUUGAUUUUUUAAAAAAUGUAUUUAAAAUAUACUGGACCACUGUUUUGCCCUCAGCUGGUAUUUCCCUCAACGUGGUGAGUGUCGCUUUUGUUUUUUCCUCGUUUGUUUCUUUCAAAACAGACUUUUGAACAAGUUUCAAAAUGGUGCUGUGGAUUAGAGAUGUCCCUCCUGAUGGAAAACUCUCUAUUUGCCACCAUGUGCAGAGAUAUAUUCUUGUAAAUUGACCACCUAGGUCUUAAAAGGUACAUUUGAGUGAUUUGUGGGUUUAAUUACAGAAGCCUUUUUAAUUUAAAUGAUUUCAAACUGGAAAAGAAUAUAGAGCUGAUUUUGUUCUGACCUUUCUUUAGGUUGAAGUAAAUCUUUGACAUUUCAUGAUGGAUGGUGUAUAUAAUAUUCAAAUUAUGAAUCAGGACUUUAAUCACCCAUCCAAAGUCCAAUAAACAGCAAGUUAAGGCUUUAAAUCACCCUGACUACUUAAAAUUCCUGCUUCACCUGCUUGGAGCUUUUACACGUGAAGCCUUUGCUGGAUAAACCUGUGAGAUCAACAGUCCUCUACCUUGAAGUACCCAUGAGCUCCAAAGCUAUGUGACCUUUGACCUCUGUAAAUCUUUCCAGCAAAACUUAAUUUGAGCUUUCUUUGAUUUAAACUAUUUUCUGUUUGUAAGUGGUACUAUUAAGUUUAAUUUCUGUAAGUCAGCCGACAGCCUUUCAGUUUUGUGGUAAUUGCCAUUAAAGAACCAACAAUAAGCCGACAGGACACCACUGAAAGCUACAACAGUCCGCACUUAUUGGACCAUUUUUGGGAUGCUUUAAAAAGCCAGUCACUUUAAGAAGUAAAACAAGAAAACUAAAAGUUUUCCUUUCCAUAAUAAAAUUACUGAAAACAAAAAGCAAAUUAAAAAUUUAUUAUUAACCAAAGAUAUUUAAAAUUCUGAGAUUUUCUGCUUGAAAUGUAGAAAAAAAACCCUCAAAUGUUAUUUGCAUGUGCUGCACAGGUGAUACUGUGCAUUAUUUCCAAUAAGUUUACACAAAUUAUGAACGGAACCAGAUGAAAGAAUAAUUUACUGGUUUACUGGUUUACUGCACUGGGAUUUUUCAGAUCCCAGUGUAGUUAGCUUCUGUGCCAAAUGGAAAAAUGUUUACCACAGAGAACCCAAAUAUUAUCCCUGUCUAAACAGGUCGGAUUCAAAUGUUGUGCCAAUGCUUCAUGCAGAACAAAAUGUAUUAUAUGAUAUAGUUUGGUUACUUUGAGAUCAUUCGCAAGUCAAAGAAGUGAAAAGAAAGGCUGGAUGUUUGAGUGAACCUUACAUGGAUAAAUAUAAAGUCUUAGUGUGUUGGUAGUUCUUUAAAGAAUAAAGUGUAAAACAUUUUAUUAAGUUUAUUGCCUUUAUGAUGAUUGAGAUUGUUUUGAACCUAAUAAAUGUAUUUCAAUUAUG